AUGUCAUCCGGCCAUGCGAAGGAGAGGGACCUGGGAGAUGAAAAGACCCUGUGCUUAGGCCCCCCUGACAAGUCCUGCCUGCUUUAUUUCGCCCCCUCCCCCGCCCGCCCGCGUCCCAGUCUCCUCCCCGAGGUGCCGGUGGCGGGGCCGCCCACUCCCUCGCUCCCUCCCUCCCUCGGCUGCGCGCAUCUCAUACCAGCCCUCAUUCCGCACAUUCCAGGCUUCCUCCUUUCAAACUUGAGUCCAGGGGGUGGGAGGGCCGGCAGCUCCCGGCUCCCGCGCCGCCGCCGCGUCCCCGCUUCAGUGGAAUCGCCGGACUCCGGGGACCUCAGCGGAGCCGAGGCUGGAAGAACUGGCGCUCGGGACGGACCUCUUGGAACUAACUUAGCGCACUCACACCCCACCUUCCCGCACCCUGGGACCGGUCCAACGGGUGCUCCUCCAAGCGGAGCCUUGGAGGGCAAGGCCGGCACCAUUACCUCCAACGAGUGGAGCUCUCCCAACUCCCCGGAGGGGAGCAACGUCUCGGGGGGCAGUCAGGCGUUGGACAAGCCCAUCGACAACGAUGCAGAGGGUGUGUGGAGCCCAGACAUCGAACAGAGCUUCCAGGAGGCCCUGGCCAUCUACCCACCCUGCGGCCGGCGCAAGAUCAUCCUGUCGGAUGAGGGCAAGAUGUAUGGUCGGAACGAGCUGAUUGCCCGCUACAUCAAGCUCCGGACAGGGAAGACCCGCACCAGGAAGCAGGUCUCCAGCCACAUCCAGGUGCUGGCUCGUCGCAAAGCCCGCGAGAUCCAGGCCAAGCUAAAGGAUCAGGCAGCUAAAGACAAGGCCCUGCAGAGCAUGGCUUCCAUGUCGUCCGCCCAGAUCAUCUCCGCCACAGCCUUCCACAGUAAAAUGGCCCUCGCCCGGGGCCCAGGCUACCCAGCAGUCUCAGGGUUUUGGCAAGGAGCUUUGCCAGGCCAAGCCGGAACAUCCCACGAUGUGAAACCCUUCUCUCAGACAUACACUGUCCAGCCUCCGCUGCCUCUGCCAGGGUUCGAGUCUCCCGCAGGACCCGUCCCGUCACCCUCGGCACCCCCGGCACCCCCGUGGCAGGGCCGCAGUGUGGCCAGCUCCAAGCUCUGGAUGUUGGAGUUCUCAGCCUUCCUGGAGCAGCAGCAAGACCCCGACACGUACAACAAGCACCUGUUUGUGCAUAUUGGCCAGUCAAGCCCAAGCUACAGUGACCCCUACCUCGAAGCUGUGGACAUCCGCCAGAUCUAUGACAAAUUCCCAGAGAAGAAGGGUGGACUCAAGGAACUCUUUGAACGGGGACCCUCCAAUGCCUUUUUUCUCGUGAAGUUCUGGGCAGACCUCAACACCAACAUCGAGAGCGAAGGCAGCUCCUUCUACGGGGUCUCCAGCCAGUACGAGAGCCCCGAGAACAUGAUAAUCACCUGCUCCACCAAGGUCUGCUCUUUUGGCAAGCAGGUGGUGGAGAAAGUGGAGACGGAAUAUGCCCGCUACGAGAACGGCCACUACUCGUACCGCAUCCACCGGUCCCCGCUCUGUGAGUACAUGAUCAACUUCAUCCACAAGCUAAAGCACCUGCCCGAGAAGUACAUGAUGAACAGUGUGCUGGAGAACUUCACCAUCCUGCAGGUGGUCACCAACAGAGACACACAGGAGACUUUGCUGUGCAUCGCAUACGUCUUCGAGGUGUCGGCCAGCGAGCACGGGGCCCAGCACCAUAUCUAUCGGCUGGUGAAAGAAUAAGAGACUCGGGGAGCAGGGAGG